CAUCCAAUUGGAACCUCCCUCAGCUCCCGACGGACGCACUCGCUCCACCCUCCUUUCCGCCCAUUGGUGGGUUGGCGGCUGGCGGGGAGGUGCUGCUGUCUGCGGUGAGCUAGAGAGGCUGGCCCUGUGGCGGCCGCAGCAUGUCGUGGACACAUCUCCGAAAGCGGGCCCUGGAUGCUGUGGUCAUUCUGGGGGGUGGAGGACUUCUCUUUGCCUCCUACCUGACAGCCACAGGGGAUGAGCAUUUCUAUGCCGAAUACUUGAUGCCAGCUCUGCAGGGGCUGCUGGAUGGGGAGUCAGCUCACAGGCUGGCUGUUCGUGUCACCUCCCUGGGGCUCCUUCCUCGACCCACCUUUCAGGACUCUGACAUGCUGCAAGUGAACGUCUUGGGCCAUAAGUUCCGAAACCCAGUGGGAAUUGCUGCAGGAUUUGACAAGCACGGAGAAGCUGUGGAUGGCCUUUUUAAGCUGGGUUUUGGCUUUGUUGAGGUAGGAAGCGUGACUCCCCAGCCUCAAGAAGGAAACCCCAGGCCCAGAAUCUUCCGCCUCCCCGAGGACAAAGCUGUCAUUAACAGGUGCGGAUUCAACAGCCAGGGGCUCUUGGCGGUGGAGCGCAGGUUACGGGCCAGGCAGCAGAGGCAGACCAGGCUCACGGCAGAUGGGCUGCCGCUGGGAAUAAACCUGGGGAAGAAUAAAACGUCGGUGGAUGCUGCCGCGGACUACGCAGAGGGGAUUCGGGUCCUGGGCCCCCUGGCUGACUACCUGGUGGUGAAUGUGUCCAGUCCCAACACCCCCGGGCUGCGCUCCCUGCAAGGAAAGGCUGAGCUGCGCCGCCUGCUGACCAAGGUGCUGCAGGAGAGGGACGCCUUGCAGAGAGCGCAGAAGCCGGCGGUGCUGGUGAAGAUCGCCCCUGACCUCACAGCCCAGGACAAGGAGGACAUCGCUGGUGUGGUGAGAGAGUUGGGCAUCGAUGGAUUGAUUGUGACGAACACUACAGUGAGUCGCCCUGAUGGCCUUCAGGGUGCCCUGCGCUCUGAGACAGGAGGGCUGAGCGGGAGGCCCCUCCGCAGUUUAUCAACUGAGACCAUCCGAGAGAUGUAUGCACUGACCCAAGGUAGAAUCCCCAUCAUCGGGGUUGGCGGUGUGAGCAGCGGGCAGGAUGCGCUGGAGAAGAUCCAGGCGGGGGCUUCGCUGGUGCAGCUGUACACAGCUCUCACCUACGGGGGGCCGCCCGUGGUGGGCAGGGUCAAGCGGGAGCUGGAGGCCCUCUUGAAAGAGCAGGGUUUUAGCAGAGUCACAGAUGCCAUUGGAGCGGAUCAUCAGAGGUGAGGACAUCGUCUUCCGGUAGUCGGGUCUGGAACCUUCCCAGGAACUCAGGCGAGCCGUGUUGCUGGGUCAGGAGCGGAGGGCUCUGCCUCAAGCUGCACCCCCAAACAGGCGUGGCUGGACUGGGGGCCGAUCGAGGGGGUUGCCAGCAUCAAUGGAGGCUUUCUUCCGUCACUUGAUCAGACCAUAAGCGAUGUUCACAGUUCUUUCUGGAUCCAGAUCCUGGGUUCCUUCACCAUUGUAAGGACCCUGGAAGAAAUAAAGCCAUUUAAAACUGGGUUUAACCCCUUUCUGGAGGGCCAGGGUUUCGCUCAGACCCUGCAGGUCCUUUGAGAUCUGUGUUCCUUGGCCCUGCAGUGGCCUCCCACAAUCUGACUGCCAUCUGGACUUUAUUAAGAUUUUAAUUUUAUUUUGAAGAUAUUUCAAAUACAGACAUAAGUUGUAAGACUAGCUCGGAGAAAUUCCACAUACUUUCACUUUGAUAUGCUGGUUGCGUUUUCCACAGCUGCUUUCUCAGUGUCUGUCCUCUGUAUCAUGUGAUGUAGAUAAAAUAUAUAUUUGUUACCUAU